ACAAAGUAUCAUAAAUCUGAUCUCCUUUAUUUUAAAAUUGGCAAUUUCCUAUGGUUUCCGCAAAGGAUUUUCUAAUUUUUUUUGCUGAAAGUAUUGUAUUCUCUUAACAAUGGAGAAGUACGAUACCUCUCAACUCACAGAGUUUCCUCGUUUCGAGUCAGAAUCGAGUCAGAGUGGUGUUACAACUUUUCUGAACAAACUGUGGAAGUUUCCUAUCUUUACACCAAGUGAACCUGAUGAAAACCAGGAAAAAGGCGAUGAGAAAGUUGAUGAAUUGGUCGAUGAUCAGGAUAAGGAUUUUGAUGAUUCUAGAACAGAAACAGGGAGUUAUGUGGUGGAAUAUGAAGGCAGGAGUUUGCCAAAUGUUUUGAAAAGGAUUAGCGGUCUUGCUGCUUUGGGUUCAGGGGGAGGCACCAGAUAUGCUGAUACAGAACUAGCUCGUUAUUGGAUGCCUGAUGACAUAUCAAGAGAGUGUUAUGAAUGUGCUGCAAGAUUUAGUGCCUUGAGGAGGAGGCACCAUUGUAGAGUGUGCGGACAGAUAUUUUGUUCACGCUGUUGCAGCCAGCGUGUACCAGGGCAAAUAUUCGGCUGUGCCGGAGGUCUGCGCGUGUGCACGUACUGCUGCAACGUAGUACUCACGUACUUGCGCGAGAACGACAUGACCGGCGAUAUCUCACCCGAUCUCAGAAGCCUGCAAGAGAGUUUACAGGUCAAAUUCCCCGAAAACAAAGCUCAGCAAAACAAGAACAGGGACUUCAUGUUCGCUCGGGAGCAAGAGCCGUGUGAAGUACGGAGUUCUACUAAAGAGGCUUUACACGAUGUAUUCCGACAGUUGUACUAUGCACUGCCAACUCAACAACACAGGUAUCGCCUUAUGAGAUACAACAGCGUGUGGCGUGGUUACGACGUUAUGCAGUGGAUCAUGGAGAACACGUCACAGAAAACCAGGGCGCAGGCAACGAUCUUAUGUCAAAGCCUGUUGAGCAACGGGUAUAUAGAGCGGAUGACGGAGCCGGUGCAAUUCGCCGAUUACGCACUCUACCGCCCCAUACAACUGCGGCGAGAGAGCGAUUCCACUGAUACACCAGCAGAGGAAUGCAAUAACAGACUUGUGGAGAGCGUGUCUUCGUACUGCCUAGAUCUAAACCUUGGAAACAGUUCAGCGAGAUUAAUCAAAGCAACGAAAACCGAACCAAAAUCGACACCUACCAGUGAAGAUGACCAACCUAUUUUGGACCAUAAUGAAACCGGCAGUGAUACAAAACAAGUUUGUAAAGCGAUCGAAGAAUCUGGUGAAGAGCAUCUUAAACUGUUAAUGCGACAAUGGUUGGCGAGAGAGGCUUUACCAGCCGCGUGGCUCGAUGCUCUAUACCCAUUGUGUGUACACGCGGCAGAUAUCACAGCGCCCGACAUGCUAAGCAACGAUAUAGACGUGCGAAACUACGUCCAAGUCAAAAAGGUACCCGGUGGGAACAUGUCAGACAGUUGCGUUAUACAGGGAGUCGUUAUGACUAAAAAUGUUGCUCACAGAGGUAUGCCAAAACACAUAUCAAAUCCUACGGUUUUACUUCUGGAUUGUUCGAUUGCGUACCAAAGAGUGGAGGGGAAGCUCACGUCGUUGGAGCCACUUCUCAUGCAGGAACAAGAAUAUCUAGUCCGAUGCGCCGCUCGAAUAUCAGCGCUCCGCCCCAAAGUGGUCCUAGUGCGGGGAAGUGCAGCCCGGGCCGUCCAAGACGCCCUACGCGCCGAGGGCGUAGCCCUAGCCGUCGGGGUCAGAGACAGAGCCCUGAGGCGAAGCGCUAGGUGCGCUCGAGCUGAUCUAGUGGCCUCUAUCGAUGCCAGGAUCGGAAUGCCGCGGCUGGGGACUUGCAGGAACUUCUAUGUUAAAAAUUUUUCAAGUAAAACGCUAAUGGUGUUAGAAGGCUGUGCGGAACCACAACUAGGCUGCUGUAUACUACUCCGCGGCGGAUCCCUACAGGAACUAGUUCGUGUAAAGAAAAUAGUCAAAUUCAUGCUUCUAGCGUGCUAUAAUUGGAAACUAGAAAAAGCAUUCCUGGGUGACAUAGAAGCCGUAUUACCCGAACCCGGUACUUUUGUUGAUGAUGACGUUGAACAAUAUGACAGAAACAACAAAAUUGAAAAUUAUGACGAUACAAAAGAUCAGUUUAACAUACAAGACGAUAAUGAUGAUACGAAUGACAUGUCUGAAGGGAGUGAUAAGAUAUUUGGUAACACGAGUAAUAUGCUGGUUGAUGCCAAACAGACUGAUAAUACUCCACAAAGUACGAAAAGUGCAAUCAGUGAAUCUCGUAACAUUGGAUCUGACGUAAAAUUUAAUGAAAAUGUUACUAACAAAGCGACUGUAAAUGAAUUAAAACAAGAUAAACCAGAAGAAAAUAGUGAAAUGAAUAAAUCAAUGGAAGUAGAUGACCCAUUACAAAAAUCGAAGCAGUUUUCUCGUAAGACUGACAGUGAUAAAAAUCUCAGUUGCGGUGUACCCAUCAAGGAUUUCAGUGACCCAUUACAAUCAAGACUCUCUGUGGAUGAUGAUGUGUUUUUACCAAAGGAAGAAGCCAAAUUGAAAGCUGAUAGUCAUAGUGAAAGAUGGUGUACCGACGACGUGGUGUUAUCAAUGUCUCCUAACAUAGUAAUACCGGCGCCAUCAUUAAACCUUCUGCCUCUACAAACUCCUCAAACCCCCCAUACGCCAAGGGCUCUACGUAAGGAGUCUCCUAAGGCACCUUCGAAGAAUGUGAAGGUUCAGAACCAUCAUCCUUUCGUUCGCGAUCCGAUAACAGCACCGAUAGAUGAUGGUGCAUUAAGAGCGUCCCUCGCCAACUUCCGCGCCGUUGGCUGCCAGCUGCCCACUAAUAAACAUAAACCGGAAUGCCCACGCUAUAAAGUGUCCGUAAUCAAAUGUACGGAACCAGAAGCUGAUACGAACAAGCCCACGGAGACGGAGCCCCUAGAUGUGCUGUCACCGGAGAAUCACCAGCGACUGAGUCUCUUACUGUACAGUUACUGCAAUAAAUCUCCCAACGUCCCGGACUUCUGUGUAAACCCCUGGAUAGUGACAAUGGAGAUGUACGGCCGUCACGACAUUUCUCUGGGUGGUUUCCUGGAGAAGUACUGCUUUAACAGCGAACACAAGUGCCCCGCGUCCAACUGCCAUAUACCGAUGAACCAGCAUAUCAGGAAAUUCGUACACGAUGACGUCUGCAUCACGAUCACCUGCAAUACGAUCGGCCAUAGCAGCGUGGAUAAGGCCAAAGAGGAACAGAACAAACAGGUGAUGUUCUGGUCGCGCUGCGAGCAGUGCGGCGCGGUGUCGCGCGGGUCGCGCCUGUCGCGGACGGCGCUGUCGCUGUCGCUAGCACAGUACGUGCGCACGCGACUGUCCGCGCCGCGGUACGCGCGCGCGCAGUGUGCGCACGCGCUCAACGCGCACUCGCACGCCUUCGUCAGCAGGCUCACCACUGCCUGUUUUAGAUACAAUAAAAUCCCGAUGUACGAGAUCCAACUGCCACCCGAUGUGAUCGCUAUCAACUACGACACCAAGAAAAUGCGAGACGCCCUUAUUGCGCAUCUCAACGAACUCAUGCUCAAAGGUCACGAGACAUUCAGCAACGCAACGGAAGUGGAUAUGGAGAAGGAGUACGCGGCGUUCAAACAGCACAUGGAGCUGAUACAUCUAGCACUCACCUCUACCCACGAGCAAGCCUCGCUGGCCGAGCGCGUGCGCAAACUGUGGAGCGUAUACGACAAUAUCAUAACCGGAGAGAAGAUGCUACGGGACGCGCACGAUAUACGCGCCACUCACAAACCUCGCCCGCAAACUGACACCACAUCGGAUGAUAAAGCGGAUUUGGAAGAGACAGUUGAUGCGAACAACGAUCUUACAGAAACUCUCAUCAGGGAUUCUGAUAAGGAACAUGCAGGAGCUGAAGAAGACGAAGAAAAGGGGGAUAAAAAAACUGUCAAACAAAUACUGUCGCAAUUGCUUUCCAAUAAUCAACCUUCAAAUCAGGGCGGUAUGAUAAUAUCUAGCGGACUGGUUCCCGUGGUGGUGAAAGCUGGUGAAAUAGGCUCCGUCAUAGCGGCCACACUUGCGUCAGUUACAUAUCAAAAAUCUCUGCAGCAACAACGACACACAAGUCAAAAUGAAUUCGAGGAUGGAGAGAAUACGAGUUCCGUCAAAGAGAAAAGCGAGACGGACAAAGCCAAAGCUAAAGCAAACGAACAUAUCGAAGUUCUGUUAAAGGAUGGCUUGCUAUGCCGCGUGUACUACGCGUGUCAGUUCCACAAGCUACGUCACAUGCUGCUAUCGCCGCUGGACUGUGAUGAAGAGAACAAGCAGUUCUGGGAGGACGCCAAAUGCUGUGACGAUCUCAAAGACAAGGACAACAAAGGCUUGUGUGAGAUAGAAGAAGGAUUCAUAAGGUCAUUGGCACACUGCGUACCAUGGGCAGCUAGAGGUGGAAAAUCUGGCUCCACUUUCUGCAAAACUAAUGAUGACAGAUACGUAUUAAAAGAGAUGACAAAACCGGAAUGGCAACAGUUUUUGGAGUUCGCACCACACUAUUUCCACUACGUCACAAAUUGUCGACACAGAAGAUCGCCCAGUUUGCUUGCACGCAUCCUGGGUGUGUUCAGCGUGGGCGGCGCGGGAAGCGGGGUUUUAGUUAUGGAGAAUGUGUGGUACGGGUCGGGUGGCGCUGCGGUUGAGCAGCGAUUCGACCUCAAGGGUGCCAGCCGACAGCGCCUCGCCGCCGGCGCGGCCGCGGCACCGCCCACCACCGCCGUGCUCGUCGACGAGAACUUGCUGAGGCUGCGUUGGGAGCAACAGUUGCACAUAGGGGGAAAGGGCGCUCGCGCACUGUGGGCGGGCGUGGAGCGGGACACGCGUUUCCUGGCGGACAAUGCGGUUAUGGACUACUCGCUGCUGCUGGGCAUACGCGGACGCACGCUCGUGCUUGGCAUUAUUGAUUACAUACGCACAUUCACGUGGGACAAAAAACUGGAGCAUCUUGUGAAGAAGAACCUCGGCUCUGGUCAACCCACCGUGGUGUCACCAGAACAGUACAAGCGUCGUUUCUGUAAUGCCUGCCGGAAGUACUUCUUACACUGUCCCGAACAUUGGGAUCAUCUCUACACCGAACAAUCUGCUCAAUAAGUAAAAAUAUUUAUUUGUAAGGUUUCCGGAACACAUCCAGAAAUGUGUCAGUCUGCCUUUGCCUGUUUACUGACCUUUAUUGAUUUGGCAUAGAGAAAAAAAGUUGCUAUUUUAUUAUAGGUAGAGACUUAUUUUUGGAUAAUUCCUUUACAUUCCACAAGUAAUCGAAGUUGCCAACAUCGUGGGAUAUUU